CAGGAACACCCGGGGCCACUCCUAUCAUGACUUUUAUCCCAUUUUACGUGUAGCCACAUUCCGCCAAUCAACAGGAGUUUGGGUAAACUGUUGACCGCGUGACAAACAGCUGGAAUUGUUGCAAUCAGUUCUUCUAGCUCUAAAAACAAGAGGAGCGGAAGUCACUCGCAGCAGAGCAAAGUUGGAGAUUUCCUUUCGUGACGCAGUAUGGAGCUUUCUGUCACGCUGAUUUCAGCUGGACUGCUGAUUGUGUUGGUGUUGCUGUUAAAGUUAAAAAGCCGUAAAAGUGUUUGUUUACCUCCAGGUCCAACCGCUCUGCCUAUCAUAGGAAACCUGCUGCAGCUGGAUAGGAGAGCUCCAUUUAAAACUCUGCUUAAGCUCAGUGAGAGCUAUGGGCCUGUGAUCACUGUGUACCUGGGCCGUCAGCGCGUUGUGGUCCUGGUGGGGUACGAUGCAGUGAAAGAGGCUCUGGUGGACCAAGCAGAUGACUUCACUGGCAGGGGGCCUGUUCCUUUCUUGCUCAGAGCUACCAAUGGCUAUGGGCUGGCGAUCAGUAAUGGAGAGCGCUGGCGACAAUUGCGCCGUUUCACCCUGACAACGUUAAGAGACUUUGGGAUGGGGCGUAAGGGGAUGGAGGAGUGGAUCCAGGAGGAGGCCAAGCACCUGGUGGCCCGUUUAAAUACUACCAAAGCCACACCCUUUGAUCCCACCUUCUUCCUGAGCUGCACUGUGUCCAAUGUGAUCUGCUGCUUGGUGUUCGGUCAACGCUUCAGCUAUGACGAUGGCAGUUUUCUUGACCUGCUGAAGAUAAUCAACGACACCCUGAAAUUUGGCAGCAGUCCUUGGGGUCAGCUUUAUAAUAUCUUCCCAAGAUUGAUGGAGUGGCUGCCAGGUCGACAGCACAAAGUGUUUGCUAACGUUGACAAGGUGAGAGAUUUUAUAAUGAAGAAAAUCCAGGAACACCAGGACACGGUGGACCCCAGCUCACCCAGAGACUACAUUGACUGCUUCCUCACUAGACUCAGUCAGGAAAAGCAUCUUCCCACGUCUGAGUUCCACUAUGAAAAUUUGGUGGGGACAGUGUUGAAUCUGUUCUUGGCAGGAACUGAGACAACCAGCUCAACUAUCAGAUUUUCACUAAGUGUACUGAUCAAGUACCCAAAAAUACAGGAGAAUAUGCAGCAAGAGAUAGACACUGUGAUUGGGCAGGAACGCAGUCCUCGUAUGGAGGACAGGAAGUCCCUCCACUUCACAGAUGCAGUCCUUCAUGAAAUGCAGCGCCUGAUGGAUAUUGUCCCCAUGGGCAUCCCUCAUUAUGCACUACAUGACAUCACUUUCCGGGGUUACACUAUUCUAAAGAACACAAUGAUUAUUCCCUUGUUGCACUCUGUGCUGAAAGAAGAAAAACAAUGGGAGACCCCUUGGUCCUUUAACCCCCAGCACUUCCUUGACCAUAAUGGCAACUUCAAGAAAAAUCCGGCAUUCCUGCCAUUCUCUGCAGGAAAGAGGGCUUGUGUCGGAGAGUCGCUGGCUCGCAUGGAGAUCUUCCUCUUCAUGGUGUCACUUCUCCAGCGUUUCACCUUUUCGGUCCCAGGAGGACCUGACAGUGUAGAUCUCAGCCCUGAGUACAGCAGCUUUGGUAAUUUGCCUCGCAGGUACAACAUCAUUGCAACACCCCGAUUGUAGCAUUGACAUUGUGCUGUUGUCAACCUCUGUCUGGCCUUAGUCCUCUCAAAGAUUGAUCACUUAUAUCAAGGAACCAGCAAGUUGAGCACCUUCGCUUAUCUUUUCAUGCAUCUUGCGAGAAGUGCAUUUUCAGUUAUGCAAUGCAAUGUACCCAACUGGCUUUCCUUAAUAUUUUGUUACACAAAUGAUUCAACCAGUGGUGUUAAGAAUGAGAUAAUUUUCAUGUUUAUACAACUUUCAGCUUGUGCUGUACCUACAGUAUAUGUUGACCUUAUUGAAAAGCUUUCUCUCAGUAUGUCACAGUGAUAUGUCUCUCUUGAGAGACCUCUAGAGAAGUAAUUGUCCUCUUCCAAGGAGUCUGCCAUGUAGCACCAACAUGUUCAUACAGAUAGACCAAACUGUGACUUAAGAUUCAUUCUUUUUGUGGGAUUCACAGCGACCAAAGGUUCAUCAUUACACACUUUAAAAGGGGAGGGUGAAGGGAGCUGUUCUCAAUUGUUUGCAACCUGCAACCCUGCCACCAGAUGCCAGUAAUGCAUACUCUUCAGUCCUUUAAGUGUUAGGAAAAAAAAUCAUUGCUGGAAUUUUAGUGUUAGGUUUAUUGAGUUGUUUUGGAUUAUUUAUAUAUAUAUACACAUCGUUUCCCCAUAAAACUAGAUAUUUCAUUUUUUUUCCAGUAGAAGAUGAAUCACAUGAUAUCGCAUAAAAAUAAAAUCAACGUUUUAUGAUCUACUUUCUUUCAAAAAAACAACCUCAAAACGGAUUAUAUUGGCCAAGUUCCAUCAAUUCUCUUGUGACUACCCCUUACCACAGAGACCCUCUUUUUACAGCCUGUAGCUCAGUGACUUAAUGCGAGUAUCAUCUGUAAUCUGAUGAGUUCAAGGUCAGGUAAUCGGUCAAGCUAUGUGUCAGGUUGUCAGUUUGUUGAUGCAUGUUCAGGUGUAUCACUGUCCUGUGUCUCAGUGACUGUACAUGUCAGGCUUAGAGGAUCAUUGCCAAAGACAGCGGUGCAUGUGUUAAACUCAUCAUAUUACUUCAGAGUAGCAGGUAUUAAUAAUCAUUAACUGUGUUUCACAACAAGUACAUCUUGUUAUAAAUGGUACUGUGUUAUACAUUCUGUCAUUUUUUAAAAAAUGUGUUAUAAAGCUAACUCAUUGCUUCAUUCUAUAUUUUAAUGAUACAAUUAAAAAUAGUGCUUUAUCGGCUCUUUUCUCAUGUAAUGAUCAUAUUUUGUAGCAAGUAUGAACCUGCUGUCUUUCAGUGACCGUAGUGUUAAAAAACUAUUACUUCAGUUCAUGUGAGGAUGGCACACUGUUGACCUUUAGGAUGCAUUUCAUGUCAUUUAUGUAUCUAUAAAAAUGCAGAAACUAUAUUGCACCUGGUGUAAGGUGUGGCUGGUUCUAACACGUCCUUUCUUUGGUAAUAGUACUCUAAGUGUGUCUUAAAAUGUAAAUGCCCAAACUAUCGUAUGAUGUGUCGAGAAAAUUAAGUUAAAUGUCACAAAAAUAGACAUGGGGAAAGUGAAGACAGAAUUAAAAAAAAUAUACAUUCUUACUGUCACACCAAGAAUGAAUGCGUCUUCAAGAUGACUGUAUUGAAAUAAUUCCACAAGGCAUACGGUAGCACAAGUCCAUUUUUUUUUCCAAGGUCAAUAAGUUAGAUGUUGGGCAGGUGAUAUUUAUGUUUCACCUGCUUCUUGACAUCUGGUGCUGGUGAGAUGUUGCUGUUUGGUAGCUGAGGCAGGUACUGCGCCUGGAGGGAGAACGAAGAAUACAGAGAGUUAACUACCUGAAUGAUUUUCUUUGGGUUUUGUUCUGUUGGGAUGAUGAUUCAUCAGAGCGUGAGAGGGAGUCAUUUAAAUCAUGAUUGGGUGAUUAAAAGCAUGAGCUUUCUUUGGGAGAGGGGUGUUUACUGUAAAUAAAUUAUUUUUCAAAUAUG